CAGGGGCAGGAAGGUAGAUGGUCCUGCCAGUGACGAGGUGCCCGUGGGUUAAGGCGGGGAUGGUCUGAAUGAGGCGAAGAUGCAGCUGUUGCAGACAUAGAGUUCUUAACAACAGUGCCUAGAACCACAGCAGCAUGGCCCCUGGCCAAGAAGAAAGAAACCCACACUAGCAAGUCACUCACAAGCAUGCUUCAGAGUAUCCAUCUUUCUGUGGAUAUGAAAUGAAUGAACUCAGAGAAAACUACAGCAAAUAUUCCAGGCCUAGGGAAUGCCUGAGAGGGGUAAAGGAAAGAAACCUCCAUCUGGAAGAGCUAAAAGAUCGGGGGCCAAAAGAUGCCAUCAAGAUGAACAGUCCCACAGUCAACAAAAUGCCACAUGGAGCAGCCAACUUGCCUUUGAGAUUCGGAAGAACCAUGCAUGAAGAAAGGCGGCCUGGGUCAGUGGCCAGUCUGCCUCUGAGAUUUGGGAGAAACAUGGAGGCGAGCAGCUGGAGACGAGUCCCCAACCUGCCCCAGAGGUUUGGGAGAAUGACUGCAGCUGGAAGCAGCCCCCAGAGGGCUCUGCUUCAACAGUCCAGGCAGUCCCCAUCUGCCCAGGAGGUGCUUCACUCCAUGACCGGCCAGCACCAAGAGGCCCAGGAACCCCACACACCCAAGGAGACUGGAAUUCAAGAAAACAUAGGAUGCUGAGCUGCAGGAAGGAAAAAAAAUCUGAAACCUGUCCCUGAAGAUAAUAAGAAAUGGUGACCUGUGCCCUACCAACAGCUCUGCAGCGAUAGCACCGAGGAGGACAGAGGCUCCUGUUCGACGGGCUGUGCAUCGCUGAGAGCAAUCUUUUCUUGAGUAGCACUAGCAUCUUCAGAGUUAUUAAAAACAGCCUGGGAAACAUGUGUAAUGCAUAAUUGAAGUCAUUUUUAUCUUAAUAAAAAGAACAUUGCAAAUACUUUAAAAGGCUCUAAUAACAGCAAGGGGGAGAUAGAAAUCACAUC